AUCCUUCUUGAACUGUGGUGCCCAGAACUGGACACAGUACUCCAGGUGAGGUCUGACCAGAGCAGAAUACAGUGGUACUAUUAUUUCCCUUGAUCUAGACGCUAUACUCCUAUUGAUGCAGCCCAGAAUUGCAUUGGCUUUUUUAGCUGCUGCAUCACACUGUUGACUCAUGUCAAGUUCGAAGAUAAAGGAUGCAACUACUGUACACAGUCAGCGUCGCCCUUCUGGGCUCCAUACUCAGCAAUGCCCAGUCAGCAGAGUUGCGGACUUACCUUGCCGGGCAGAUCGCCAGGGUCUGCGUCAUCUUCUGCCCGAACGAGAUUGUGGUGUUUGAUGAGCAAAGGGAGGAUUCAAAGACUGUGGAAGGCCCGGACUGAAUUCCUACGCAAGAAAGCACGCCUGUCAGCUCCAGGAGGUAAUGACAGCAACUCGGAUGCCCUCGCUUUAGGCACAGAAAGGCCCUCGCGCCAUCUAAAUCUCUUUCAAGAGUCGGAAGAAAGUAGCAACAAAGAAUAUGAGGAGGAGAAGAGGCAAGAGAAGGAACGUCGGGAAAAAGCUCUGGGUAUCCUCACAUACUUGGGCCAGAGUUCAGCAGAGGCCCAGACGAGUCGUCCCUGGUACCAGGAGCUGCCAGAACGAAGUGAGGCCGUCGCCAAAGAUGAGAAGCUGAAAGGGAAGCUGGAUCCCCUAGUGGAGAUGGAUGGGCACUUGCGGAAGAAGAAGGGAUCCCACAAGAAAGAUGGGAAGAAAGACAAGCGGGAGCAAAAAGGAAGUGGAGGAACUCUGGCUUUCGGGCCUGCCCCUUCCUUGGCAUCGUCGUCAUUGGAGCAACUGCGCCAGGAGAGGUUGCGCCGCGAGAAGGCAGAGCGAGCCCGUGCUGAGAGCCUUCUAGCCCAAAAGGCAGGCACCCUCCCACUCCAGGAGGAGGAAAUGGAUGAAAGAAAACGGGGCUACAACUCUCAGUUUAACCCGCAACUGGCAAGAAAGAGGGUCUGGGAACCACAGUGAGGUGUCGUGCAAGUGUGAUAUUACCAACCACUGCAGUGAGACAAUAGCAGUAGGAAUGCUGUCAGAAUCAAUUUUCUUCAAGAGGAAUAUGCAUAAUUUUCUUCUUGCUCAAUGCAACAUAUUAUUUAUUGAAUUCAUACCCUAGCCCGGGGUUGUGGACACGUUCUGGUUAAUGUACAGUAAUCAGAAUUAGGUUGAGGAAGACUUUGGCAUGUGGGCUUCAGUAAUACACACACUCACCUUAUCACUAUCGUUUUCUAGAUUAGGGCUAAGCCAGAGGCUGCUCCACUAGCUAUGCAAUCAAUCAGUUGCCUGCCAUGGGACCGUUAUGUACAAUGGCAGCUGGAUAAAAAGUUAUGCCUAUUUACACCAGCCCUCCCCCCUUGCUUCCAAGACCUCACCUCUCCCUAGUCAUCUUUGUUUUCCUCAAGGAAAUUGGUUUCGGCCAAAGCCUGUCAGUAUCAAUUGUGCAGGACAUGUGUCAGUAUCUGCUGUGUUUUGAAAUGGUUUCUGGGCAAUAAAGGACACACAACA